AUGUCCACCGUAUCAGUUGUGCUACCCCGCCCCGGCGGUCCAAAUGCCGACGACACACAGGAACCAAUCCGAGGGCCAUCAGAAGCCAGCUUCGUUGCAAAAUUUGGUAGCCUACUGCCACUAGCAUCCUUUUUGGCGACUCCAAACGGCAGGGUUGCGUAUUACGAGCUCAAACCCUCACCUCCAGUCCCAACAGACCAAAUCAAUCCUAUUUCCCGAGUGUUGCUUGUGCAUGGCGUCCAGACCUCGGCCAUCGGUCUGCAGCCAUUGGCAAGCGCGCUAUCUUCACGUUUCGCAUAUACGCACUUUGUGCUGGUAGAUCUAUGGGGCCAUGGUCUUACUGACACCCCAUUGAAAGUACACAACUCCGUGCUUUUUCAUGGACUAUUGGAGGCUGUGACGGCAAAUUUGAAGUGGGAGAAUGCCCAUUUUCUUGGUUAUUCGUUUGGUGGAUCGACGGCUGCAUCUUUUGCAGCCGUGCACGCAGAGCGUGUUGCAUCCAUGGUGUUAGUUGCACCCGCGGGCCUUAUGCGUGCAGCGAGCUUCAACAACCUCCAGAGAAGCUAUUUGCACGGGGGUGAAGGAAUAGAAGAACAAGCGCAAACAUGGAUUCUGGAGUUCCUAGAAGGGGGACAAUUAAUCGUACCUUCUGACUGGAAAGAGAAAGUUAAGCGAGGCGAGGUAGUUGCGGAGGCUGUUCGAGACUGGCAAAUGAAGGAGCAUAAGGGACACUUGGCGAGUAUCGUGGGAAUUUUUCAGAGACGCGGCGCAAACGGAUAUCCAAAGCUUGUGUGUCUUGGAGAGUUGGACGAUGUGGUCAGUGAGCAGGACCUGAACGAGGUUGGGAUGCAGAAUGUCGUUGUCCUGCCGCAAGUGGGACAUGGAGUUGUGCGAGACCGGGUCCCAGAAGUCACUCAACUAGUAGAAGAUUUCUGGAAUAAGCUUUUGUGGUGA